AAUAUACUAUUAAGGACAAUGGGACAGACUAAAACCAUUAAUACCACUGUACUAACUGGUCUGGAGGUGUCUGGUUUUGACGCCGAGGACUUUAUUGAGCUGCCAUUUGUUCUGACACAAACAACAAUGCCUGUAUCCAGAGUCAAUGUGCCAUGUCAGGAUGAUGUUGCCAAGUGGUCGUAUUUGAGCAGCAUUAGGCUACAUGAAGUAGAUGCAGAUGUGGACUUGCUCAUUGGAACUGACUCUCCCAAAGUUUUGGAGCCAUGGGAAUUAAUAAACAGUCAAUGUGGUGGACCGUAUGCGGUAAGGACCAGAGUUGGCUGGGUCAUAAACGGGCCUCUUUGUGCUGGAGACCCUGGAGGUGCUGGUGUCAAAUCAGGAUGCACUGUUGUAACUGCUAAUCACGUAUCUGUGGAGCACUUGGAAAAUAUGUUGAUGCAGCAGUACAAUCAUGAUUUUACUGAAAGAACAUAUGAUGAACAACUUGAGAUGUCAAGAGAGGACAUUAAAUUCAUGAAUAUUGUGAAGGAUACAACAGUGCUUAACAAUGAACAUUAUUGCAUUGACUUACCUUUCAGAGUUGAAGAUCCUGUUUUGCCAAACAAUCGCUGCGUUGCAUUACAAAGACUCCAAAGCCUGAAGAGGAGAUUUAACAGAGACAUUUCAUUCAAAGCUCAAUACAUUGAUUUCCUCAAUAACAUGUUGGAGCAAGGAUAUGCAGAAAAGGUUACCGCAAGUGAGCCCACUCCAAAACAAGGAAAGGUGUGGUACAUUCCCCAACAUGGUGUAUAUCACCCAACCAAAGGAAAGUUGCGUGUUGUGUUUGAUUGCGGCUGUACUUACAAAGGCACAUCACUAAACAGCCAGCUCCUGCAGGGCCCAGACUUCACUAACACGCUUAUUGGUGUGCUCCUCCGGUUUAGAGAAGAGCCCAUCGCUGUUAUGGCUGACAUCAACGCCAUGUUCCAUCAGGUCCGGGUCCCACACAAGCACGUCAACUUCUUGCGCUUUCUAUGGUGGCCCAAUGGAGACGCUAUAAAGGAACCAGAGGAAUGCAGGAUGUGCGUGCAUUUGUUUGGAGCCGUAUCCUCUCCAAGCUGUUCAAACUAUGCACUGAGAAGAACUGCUGAGGAUAAUGCAUUGCAAUAUUCACCCGACGUCCUCAGCACAGUCAAAACAAAUUUCUAUGUGGAUGACUGUCUCAAGUCCACUGUGACAGAGGAAGAUGCAGUGAAGCUCAUACAUGGACUAACAUCUCUCUGUAAAAAGGGCGGUUUCCAUCUUCAAAAGUGGGUCACAAAUAGCCCAAAGGUGUUUGCACUGAUUCCCAGUAACAUCAGAGCAGUGAGUUUGGAGAACAUGGAUUUGGACAGGGACCAAUUCCCUGUGGAAAGAGCUCUGGGGAUGCAAUGGUGUGUUCAAGGAGAUACGUUCAGCUUCAGGACUGCAGUGCAGGAACGUCCACACACCAGGAGGGGCAUCCUUUCUGUGGUAAGCUCUCUCUAUGACCCACUGGGCUUUCUGUCUCCUUUCAUAAUCCCUGCUAAGUUACUGUUACAGGAGCUGUGCAGAAUGAACCUCAAAUGGGAUGAGCCAGUCCCCAGCGUUUUCUCCAGAUAUUGGUCUGAGUGGCUCUCUGAACUCCAGCAUAUGAGUGGAUUUAAAGGGGAACGGUGCAUUAAACCCAAGGACUUUGGAACACAAUUGAAAGCAGAGCUGCAUCAUUUUUCAGAUGCUAGUCAAACAGGAUAUGGUACUUUUUCAUACUUGAGAUUGGAGAGCACUGACAGUGUGCAUGUUUCAUUCAUCACAGGCAAGACUCCUGUUGCUCCUCUAAAGCAACUAACCAUCCCAUGCCUUGAGCUUGCUGCAGCUGUGCUUGCUGUUCGAGUGAACACAAUGCUGUUGAAGGAGCUACAGUUGCCAUUGCAAAGGUCAUUUUUCUGGACCGAUAGCACUACUGUUCUCAAGUAUAUCUUCAAUGAAACAAAGCGCUUUUACACAUAUGUUGCUAACCGUGUCAGCAUCAUAAGAGAAGCCACAGACAAAGAUCAGUGGAGGUAUGUAAAUACCAAAGAUAAUCCUGCAGAUGAAGCAUCUCGAGAACUAAGAGCUCAGGAGUUUGGAAAAGGAAAAUGGCUAAAAGGACCAGACUUUUUGCACUUGCCAGCUGCCAAAUGGCCCAAACUUGAUUUGGACUCCUCCUUAGGGUGACCACCUGCUAAUAAGCCCA